GCCUCACAGAGGAAACUCAGGCAGCAGGCGGAGAGGGGCCGACCGACCGACCGAGCUCCAGACAGAAGUGAAAGUGACAGAGCACAGUUCACGCUCAUAUACAACGUACGAAGUUAUAGAAAGCCGCAAAACGUUACACCGCCCAGCUCCAGGACUCAAAGUGGAAACUUUAGGCAGGUAUAAAGCUGCAGAGCUGCUUCACGGUGUUUCCUGUGUUAAAGUUGACUUGAGUCGCAGCAUUUAAAUGCUCUGGAUCCGGUGACAGCCUCGACACAAACACAGCACGAGACGCGACAGACAUGGAGAAUGGGAAGAACCGCCUGCAGCAGGCCCAGGAGGAUGUCGAGGAGGUGAAGGUCAUCAUGCUGGACAACCUGAACAAGGCUGAUGAGAGAGCUGGCAAAUUGGAUGACCUGGAGGACAGGGCUGAUGAGCUGCUGGCAAAGAGUAAAACUUUUGAAAAGACCGCCAACCAGGUGAAGCAAAAGAAAAGAUGGGAGAACAAGAAGAUGAAAAUUGUGUUUAUUGCCGUUGGAGUGGUCGCUGCACUCGUCAUCAUUGGACUUAUAAUCUUCGCCAGUGUCGGCAGCUAAGGAUUAGAGGAAAAUAAGAUAUCUGGACUGAGGGACAUAAAAUUGACAAAGAUAAAAUGUCCAGGAAAAGAUGAGUGCCAACUGUGGGACUGAGCAUCCCGCCUGAACUGCUCAGUCUAUACUAUUUCUGUGUUUAAAGGUAUUUAUGGGACUGUUGGUCCCACUCUUCAUUGGUGUAAGUCUUCAGUUGAUAUGGUACCAUUGCUCGGCUGCUUCACUGUGUUUUUUUCAUUUUUCAAUGGGUAUGUUUCUCUGGCCCUCAUUGGAAGGAUACACAAAUCUUCAAGAACUUUAGAUCUAAAUAAAAAUAGCUCAGGCACCAUGCACCACACAACCACAACUAUGAAUUUUUUAAUUUCUUUUAAGAAAACAUUAUUAGGCUGCUGCUUGACGUUUCACAUCCAAGAGCACAACGAUCAGUCGAUGAUUAGGGAAGAGUCAACGCUGUCAGGGCAAGAAGACAGAAGACAAAACAGAAUAGAUAACAAACUUAGUGAAUAUGCAGUUUCAAAUAGCUUUAAACUAGAAAGAAAGAAUUUUAUGUCUCAUAAAAUUUUGUCUGUCAGAAAUGAAAUGCCCCCAAAGCUGUUUUCAUCAUUAGAAUGUGUUUAAAGGUAUUUAAAAGGUGUCUUGAUCUAUACAUGUGUAUACUUGUUCAAUAUAACAUUUGUAAGAAAACAGUUUCAUGUUUUGAAUGACUUAUAUUUUGCUCUUGUUUUGUGUUGUAUUUGUCAAAUGGCCAGUCUAAAAUCAAAUCUAACAAAAUAAAGUCAAUUCAGUGUGCA